AUGGCGAGCACGAGCGACGUGGACGUGGCCCUCGCGCCCAACUCGUGCGUGACGCUCGAGCCCGCGGACGCGCUGUGCUUCCACUUGCCGGUGCACGUGGCGGCGCAGGAGGUGCUGACGAUCCGCAACGUGUCGGACGACCGCCAGAUCGCGUUCAAAGUGAAGACAACGCGGCCGCUGCGGUACCUCGUGCGGCCGAAUCAGGGGCUCUUGGGGCCCAAUGGCUCGGCGUCGAUUGUGGUGAUUUUGCAGCAAAAGGACUGCGACGAGUUGCGGCGGAUGGACCCGGCAGAGCGCCAGUUGGCCAACGACAAGUUCCUCGUGCAGAGCAUCUACGUGGACGAGCGGUUCUACGACCAAGUGAAGACCAAGUCGACGAAAGAGAUGGCGGACGAGCUCACGCACAUGUGGGCGCGCACGGACAAGCGCGCGCUCUCGAACAAGAAGCUGCGCUGCCGAUUUGUGCAGGACGACGACGGCAACGACAAUGACAAUGACGGCGGCGAGAGGGAGCAGCUCGCAGCAGCGCCGUCGAGUCCACAGCGGACCUCGUCGACGAACGCGUCGUCUGCUACGACGGCCGUGACGUCCGAGUCGAGCAGUACAGCGGUCAAGCGACAGAGUGACGAGGGCCGAGAGGACGUGGUGACCGCUGCCCAAUUGUCGUCGGCGUUGCUGCGGGAGGACAAGGCACAGACAGGGAAAGGAUUGGAGGAUAGAGGAGACGAGGGCAAGGAAGCGAUUCAGGAAGUUGCAGUGCUGCGCAAGAAAUACGACGAGUUGGUAGCGUUUACAGUGCAGCUCACGGCCAAGCGCGAUGUGUUGAUGAGCGAUCUGGAAAAGACGCGGCAACUGCUGCAAAAAGCAAACACGGAUGCGAUGCACGUGAGGAAGCUCUCGGAGGAAUCGUCGACGCUGCGUCAUCGAAAAAACGGUGCGGUCAGUGGUAAAGCGGGCAGCGAAGUCUCGCACCAUUCGAUGGCGGGCAAGGUUCUAAAGGAACAGGGUACUUUCGGGCCCCUGCACCUGAUAGUGUGCGCGAUCAUUUUCUUUUUAGUUGGGCGCUACUGCUAG